AUGGGUGACUGGAACUUGUUGGGCAGCAUCCUUGAAGAAGUGCACAUUCACUCCACCAUAGUUGGCAAAGUCUGGCUCACGAUCCUGUUCAUAUUCCGGAUGCUAGUGCUGGGAGUGGCUGCUGAGGAUGUCUGGGAUGAUGAGCAGUCAGAAUUCAUCUGCAACACGGAGCAACCUGGCUGCAGCAACAUAUGCUAUGACAAGGCCUUCCCUAUCUCUUUGAUCAGAUACUGGGUAUUGCAGAUCAUAUUUGUAUCUUCUCCAUCUCUUGUUUACAUGGCCCAUGCACUGUACAGAUUAAGGGCUCUAGAGAAAGAGCGACAGAAGAGGAAAGCCCACCUGCGGGCUCAGCUAGAAGAUCUGGAGCCUGUGCCUGAAGAACACCGGAGAGUGGAGAGGGAGCUGCGAAAGCUGGAAGAACAGAAGAAAGUGAAUAAGGCACCCUUAAGAGGGUCUCUGCUGCGCACCUAUGUCCUACAUAUCCUGACCCGCUCAGUGGUUGAAGUGGGCUUUAUGAUAGGUCAGUACCUUUUGUAUGGAUUUCACAUGUCACCCCUUUACAAAUGUACUCGGCCCCCUUGCCCUAACACAGUGGAUUGCUUUGUGUCCCGACCCACUGAGAAGACCAUCUUUAUGGUCUUCAUGCACAGCAUUGCCGCGGUCUCCCUAUUCCUCAACAUCCUAGAAAUCGCCCACCUGGGCCUCAAGAAGAUCCACAAGACCCUCUAUGGUCGACCGCGGCAGCCAGUGGAUGAUGAGGCCAGUCCUUACAAUUCCAAGAAGAACUCUGUGGUCCCACCUGCCUGCCCGGCCGCCGACACCUCCCCUCCACGCUCCGCCGCGGCUCCGCCGCCCCCCACAGCUCCCUCGGCCACCCCCGCCCCAUCCGCCCCUCCUGGUGAGCCGGGCCAUCAGCACCACGGAGAGCUCCGCGCCGCCGCCCCGCCGCGCCGCCGGCACAGCGCGGCUCAGCACCACGGACAGCAGUCGCCGCCCUCCUCCAGCAGCGAGGAGGCGCCGCAGGCGACGGGGCCGGAGACGGCGGGGCCCGGAACGGGGGCGGGCCGCCGAGUGCUCCGCAAGCAGAGCCGAGUGAGCAUCUGUCGCGAUCUGGAGGAGAACCGCGGGGAAUCCCCGGACAGCGGACACUGCCCGGGCACCCGCAAGUCCAGCUUCCUCUCCCGGGUGCUCUCCGAGAGCCGGGCGGGCAGCGACAGCGAGAACGCCGCCUCCCGCCGAGGCUCCGAUCCCGGUUCCGCCUCAUGUUCCGGCUCCGAGGGGCAGCGCCACGAGGAAAGCAGCCCGGCCGGCACCCCGCCGCCGCCCGCGGCCAUGGGACGCCGCGUGUCGAUGGCAAGUAGCGGCCCCGGGGAUCGGGCGGGGGGUCCAGACGGCCGGGGCAGCUUUUCUAGGCCUCUGGCACCGCCACGGCUAUGA